AUGUCAACAAACCAGGAUCGGCAGAACCAGCCUCCGGGUCGUCUCCCGCCGAGGGCGAGUGGGAACUUAUAUACCGAACCCGUCAACUCCUUCAAAGGAUAUCCCCGCCCACCUUUGGCAAGAAAGGACCAUAACAACAUCCUUCCUUCCCCAUCUUACCACUUUGAUCCUGCUCUCAACUUUACGUCUUCCACGAUCUUCACGCCUUCGAUCACAACACACAGUCAAAUCCACGAUCACAACACCAUCGCUCAAACAUACGUCGGGCCCCCCUUUGACCUGAGAUACAAGACGAUUCGCGCCUUGCCAUACGUCAACUCGAGGUCCUAUACCGUUCACUGCGGAAGUCGUCCCUUUCAAGGCACUUUCGACCAGCCUCUUUGGAAGAACAUCACCGAAGAGACGUUUCAGUCGACUUGCGACUUUCCGCUCACCCCAGCCGAUCUGCUCGCUACGCCGCAGUCUGGACAAGGUUCAGACGACCAGUACCAGCACCAGAGACAUCCUCUAUUGCCUCCGAUCUCGCUCGGACUGCAAGAUCCAGCAGGGACGCAUUCGAGGAACUCUUCCUUGACCUCGCUCUUUUCGUCGACAGACUCGGCAAGCUUGCCAGAGAUCUACGAAGCCUCUCCACUCAAAUCCGCAAGUCCGGGCGGCGAAGAGCAGUCGAGUCGAACCCCUUUGACACAUCCUUCUCAAAGGGAUACCAUCGACGCGGAUCCUACGCCAAACUCGGAUUCGAACGUCAAUCCCACGCUCGAGUCGAUCUUUGAUACGGAAGACGAUCUUCAGACGGUCUCCGAACUAGGAAGACCAUCGCAAGGACCGUCCUUUGCCUCGAGACGUCGUUUCACCCAUAUUUCCGAUCCGGGACCUUCAACGUCCUCCUCGUACAGCAUCUACCAGAUAUUGCCGCCAGUGCCCCCUCUACCCGCUUCCGUACCACCUUUAAAGGCGCAAUCACAAAACGAGAUGAGCGUGUUGGCUAUGCGAGCCGAUCCUUUGCUUUCCGACGGCGUGGUUUCCUCACCUUUUCCUCCCGCCUCAUCAGUACGUUUCGACGAUCAAACAGCACACGACUUGAACGGAUGGUUGGGAUCGACACAACCGUACGUAGGACACGAACACGAGCCGAUACUUGACGUUUCGAGGGGGAGCAUGUCGUCCUCCUCCCUGAGCUCGCUCUCAGACGAGCCGCUGGAUGACGAGCCUUUUCAAGGACAAAGGGUCGGGCAAGGGGAUCCUUUGUCUGGAUAUAACAUGCAGGGAGAGAACGCUGGAGAAGGGUCGAACGAGUUGUGGUCAUAUGACCAGGCCAUCAACGCUCUUAUCGGUUCAAGUGGAGUACUGCAGAACGAAAACAUCGACAAGGACGGUCCGACUUCUCUUUCAGAACAGUGGCAUCAACACAAACAGCGACAGCUUUCAGUUGACCAGCAUCCACUCACCAUCGACUAUUCGACACCCACCGGACCUUUGAAAGCCAAAGCCAUGUUCGCCGCUCAUACCCCUCAGAAUGAGCAACAAGGGAUGAACUAUCCUUCCCAGCCGUUGGGCGAUAUGGAAAGGCCUUUGCCUACUCCCAGCGCUGCGGUACCCAUCGGUGGUGGUGAGCAUCUUCAGAACGCUCAGAAUCAGGAUCAACAGCAGUACCUCGUGCCCGUCGUUCAGCGUGGCGAGCAUCUCUUUUACGAUCCCGAGUACCCUAUCACCUCGGCAGCGUCGUACACCUUUGGCGCCAACGCCCAACAGAACCAUCAUCAUCAUGGGGGCGGGUAUCAGAGGUCCGAUGGUCAAGGGAUGGGACGUCAGCCGAGUAUGAGCUACGGAGGUCAACAAGGCUCGAGGUCGGCACACGAAAACAUCUCGCAACAAAAUUUUGUCACGCAGAUCCCUCGAUCCUACCACGGUUACUCGUACGAUCAGCGCAAUGCCAAUGCCAACUUCAACGGUCCCAUGAGCGCCUUCCCGGGAUCGGCAGGUCAGCUUCCUUCAGCUCUGGGAUCGGCUUUCCCUCAUCUCAACGAGGCGCAAGAUGGCAACAACUUGAUCAUCCCGACGCAUCACAUUCAGCCCAGUCGAAGUCAAGAAAACCUGAACGCGAUGCGUCCGCCUGUUAGCGCCUAUCCUCAAACGCCUUCGCCGAACAAGCGAGGUGGGUCCGCAAUGUCGAGUUCGUUUGGUCACGCUCAGAUGCUGAGAUCCGCCGCUCCCGAACCAGAGGGUCCGUCGGCCUUCAUGAUGGCGUACCAAGGAGGAUGUACCCCUCAGAGCGUCGGUCAGGGUCGUCACCCUCCGUCCAGCGCGAGUCGAUUCGACGAGGUCAAGAUGGAGAUGCAUGACGGGUACGGCGAGACGCCCGAGUACGAGAUCGAGAGGAUGCGGAACAUUCGAGCCAACGAGCAGUUAAUGGAGAGUCUGGGAUUGGGUAGCAGCCCGAGCGCAUCGUCUCUUCGUGCAGUCUCCCGCUCUCCGUCCAAGAUGUUGAAGCGCAAGACAUCGAGCAUGAACGUCAAGGCUAAUCCCGGCGAAAAGAAGUCCCGAUGCAAGAACCGGGUACCAUCGAUGGGCCCAGUACGAAGCUCGACCCGUUUAGCUUCUAUGUCCCGGACCGUCUCGUACGCCAAUCUCGGUGAUCACGCCGAAAACUCAAGCGACGAGUCUUUCGACUCGAACGAGAUGGAUGAGCGGGAAGACGAGUGGGAUGGAAGCGAUAGUGAGGAAGGGCAGAGCAGGAGGAGAAAGAGGAACGGCGGAUCUCGUCGUCAAGCCUCUGGCCGAUGGCCUCAGAGUCAGACUCGGUACAACCGACACAACUACCGCAACCCGACUCUACGGGAUCUCGUUGAAGAACACCCCGACCUCCGAACAGUCUUCCCCUUGUUCUACAACAUUAUCACUGAAGACCUGAUCAUCGACAACAACGCGUUCCCUCUGAUCGGAUCGGUGCCUUCGUCAUCUACGCCGAUACAGAAAGCGGGUUACCUGCAGCAGUACUACCACAAGGGAAGACGUGCCAUCGCUCAGCUCGAUGCUUUCACCGCCCGAUGUGACAAACGGUAUGACGGACCCGGCCAAAAAUGGGCCCCGCUCACUCCUGAAAUGAAGAUUGCUAUCCGAGAUAUUCGACGGAAGGCGGUCGAGCGAUGCGAGAAUUACAAGUACACUCGACGAGAUCUGCUCAACAAAAACGUCGGCAAGGGAAAGUGGGCGCCAAUCGAGGACGGUUGGAUCAGCUGGAAUGUCUAUUCGACAUCCACCGACCCGGCCAACGACCUCGAAGGGGUACAUCUCGCGUCUCCACCGCCCGACUCGGAAUCUGGUUCCCAGCAAUCCAUGGCGUCGUCCCGCAACCGUGCGGUUUCGAGAAAACGCAGCCAGGCGUUUGGCCGCAAGGCUUCGCGCGGAGACAUGAACCGAAACGCGUCCUUGCGACUCCAUACCAACGACAUUUUCAACAACGGAUAUUCAGACGAGCGGUCCCACGCUGGGAUGGCCUUUCCUAGCGUACCAAUGAAGCAGAACGGUGACAACGUGUACACGCCCGUCACCCCGCAGCGACAAGGAUCGGCCAGGUUCAACCCGAUGUAUACGCAUACUCCCACCCAGCAGUACAACUUUUCGCCAGGGCUCCAGGAUACGCCAUUAAACGUGGUCACCCCGUCCAUCGUCCGAGCAGCGCGAUUCGCAUCGAACAACCAGAACCCGCUGGGCUCGCCGUUCGGGACUCCGGCCUCAGCAGGAGUCUACCAGAGUCAGAGCCAACAAGGCACACCGACGCAUCAUAUCCAUCAUGCUCACCCGCAACAACUGUUUGCGGGCACGCCUAUGAACGAACAAGAGCCGGCUCACUCGGUCGUCUCGCAUCCGAUGUCGAUGGACGAAGGGAUGAUGACGGGCGGGAUGGACAUGUCUUACCAGAUGAGCGAGGUCGCCAUGCAAGCAGGAGGCGAGAAUGGGAACGUUAAUGGGAACGGGAACGGAUUUAAUGAACAGUCUUUCACGAACGGCAUCUGAGGCUAGAACGAUCUAGGCGGAGUGGUGGCUCUUUACUUUUGACCGGACGACAUUGGUCGCAGGCGCCAUGUCACUGUUUUGCGCGGACGCGGCUUGGAAUUACUUUUGUCACGAUUUGCUUGUAUAUACCUCGGAAGGAAGAUCUGUUGCUUUUAUGCCCCUUUUACUCUCGUUCUGGUGGUCCUUUAUAUAGAUUGGGGUCUG